AUGGUGAAUUAUUGCGUUGAAGAGUUUAAAAGCAAAUGGAAAAAGGAUUUGGCGGGAAAUAAAAGAGCAUUAGGAAGGUUGAAAGUUGCUUGUGAGAAAGCAAAGAGAAUUCUUUCAUAUGCUACAGAAGCACCGAUAGAACUCGAGUAUUUGUCUGAGGGUAUUGAUUUCUCGAUGAAUAUUACUCGUGCCAAAUUUGAGGAGCUUAAUAUGGACUUAUUUACAGAGUGUAUUGAGCAAGUGGAGACAUGUUUAGAAGAUGCAGAUAUGAACACACACCUAUACCUACAAAGAAGACCAAAAUUUUGUAACAACCAUUGA